UUUGGUUAUUAGUUACUUUUUACAGAAGGAAGUUCGAACAACGAGGCAUUCAAAGAGAAAUUAGACACAAAUAAGACCUCAGUCCAAAAUAAAAUCGAAUAUGGAAGCGAGCAAACCACUUCAGACAACAGCCGGAGAUGCAUGUGGACCGGAGGAGGAGGCCAAAAAGAUGGCAGCUGCAGCCCAGGAUGUCAACCAUCUGACUGAUAUCCGUCUGGUGGUGCUGGGCUGGAGAUGGCCAGGGAAGAGCUUGACAGGGAACACCAUCUUAGGCAGGGAGGAGUUUCACUUGGAACGAGCAGCUGAGUUCUGUGUGAAGAGGCAGGCGGAUGUGGGUGCGCGGCAAGUGACUGUGGUGGAUACUCCAGGCUGGUUCUCUACCCAGGAUACACCAGCCUCCUAUAAACAGGAGCUAGUCAGAGGUGCCUCUCUUUGCCCUCCAGGUCCUCACGCCUUCCUGCUAGUUAUUCCUGUUGGCAUGUUCACAGAGGUGGACCGUGUACGCAUCGAGGAGCAUGUGAGUCUCUUUGGGGAGCAAGUUUGGAAGCAUACAAUUGUGGUGUUCACCUGGGCAGACGUGUUGAGGACCAUUUCCAUUGAGCGGUAUAUACGCAGGGAAGGCAAAGAACUGCAGUGGGUGCUGGAGAAAUGUAAGAAAAGGUACUUUGUUAUUAACAACUCCAUUCCACUAUUUGAGGAGCACCCCCAGGUGGGGCACUUGCUCAAGAAGGUAGAGAAGAUGGUGGCAGAAGAAGAGGGCCAUUACAAUCUAGAAGUGGAGAAGAAAUCAUUGGAGGAGAACAAGAAUGCUGCCAAAGAGGUUCGGGAUCUGGGGGCCCGGCCCAAACAGAACUCUGGACUGGAUCUCUCUAAAACCAAGGAGGUGGAGUCGCUUUCCAGUGAGUGAUGAGUUUAUGUUAGCUUUUGAGACAAUUAAUGAAAUGCUCAUGGCUGAUGGACCUUCUAAUGAUGACAGAGCUGCUUGUUUCAGAAGACAGAAAAUGGUAAAAAAAAAGAAAAAAAAAAACUUCAAUGUUACUGAAUGUACAGAGCAGUGUGACUUUUAUCAUAUUUAUUAUAAUUAUCAGAUGUUACUGAAUUCAUUCUUGAUAAUAUGCUUAAUCAUUUUUUAACACCAUGCUGCCCAAAGUUUUUUUUUUUUUUUUUUUUUUUUGUACCAUUUUAUCCUGUAAAGAUAUUUGGAUGAAUUUAGUCAUUUAUGGUAGAAUUUGUGUGAUGGAGAGGAGGUUUUUACAAACAUUAAUGAAACAGAAAUUCAGCAAGCUUUUACAUAGAUGGUAGCUGUCAUUACUUUUAAACACAACACUCCUUAGUGUUAGUGAUACCAACAGCAGAACUGCACUAAACUGUCAGUUAUUUUCUGCCGAUGGAUGUCUGAAUGAUUUCCUUUUGUUGUGACCAAACCGUAAACUCUUCUCUUGUGUUCAUUAGCUAUGUGAGUACAGUUGUAAACAAAAGCAGUUGUUGAUUUUUCUUGGCUGUGCAUGUUAAAGCAGCUAUUUUGUUUGCUUUAAACAUAUUUUAAGGGUGUUGCUAUUAUUUGUGGGAAUGGUUAAACUUUAAGGAAAAAUGUUGCCAUACAGAUCCAUAACUACUUUUGUUAACUUCUUAUCCAGAGAAAAAUGUCAAAUAUUCACUAUUCAAGAUUUGCAAUUGUUAGUUUGUGUUGGUUUCUUUUCAUGUAUUAUAAAUGUAAAUUAAAUAUCUAUGGGUUUAUAACAAAAGAAGUUGUAUAAAGGUGUUUUCUGACUGUACAAGAUUGUGAUGAAUUUAUGAUGUUUCAGAAACCAGUUUUAUGAUCACUUGAAUGCUCAUACAGGGGUUUAUCUGUAAAGAAAAAACAACUUGAGAGAACCAUCUUGUUUGUUUGGGAGUGCUGAUGUAUAAUGUAUUACCAAGUAAAUAGAUACACACAAAAGCCUGCUCACCCUGAAACAGACACAUGUAACACAGUCUACAUGCAUCACACAGACCGGCCAUAAACAAAUGGUCACUGAGUUAUAACUGACCAAACAUAUAUAUGUGUAGCAUCUUGUAAAAGAUAUACAAAAUAAAUUCUUUUUAAACAUGAAAUUGUAUAAAGUGCACAGAUGUUUCAUGAGAGACAGAUAGCUGAGGUGGAAGUAUAGAAGUCGCAGAAAGUUUAGAUUUUCUUUACUACAAGUCAAACUCUUCCGUUUGAAACACAGCUACUUUCCUGCUUUUUAAAGCCAGCAUUGAGUACUACUUGUCUUCAUGUAUGUGCGUCCCUUUAAACUCAGAGCAGAGGUGCCGGUGUAGAAUCCUCAUUAUUGUCCUUUUUCUGAUAACAUUUUUGGAGUAUCCAUGUGAUGCUCUGCACAUCAGCUUUCAGAAACUAGACAAGGUCUUAUCCUGGUUUUAAGAAUAAGUACAUCAGGAACCAGUAGCUCCCUCCUAAGCUUCACAUUGGCCUUUUGUGUUUUAUGUGCAUUAUGGUGCUAGGUAGAGCUGCGUUGUCCUGGUUCCUGAAUACCAUAAAGACCUGACUCGUGGAAACUACUUUCCACAAAGGGAGUAUCUGUCUCAUUCACAGUGUUCGUUGGAUGGUUAGUAACCUGUAAACCCAAGACUCUUCAUUCAUCCAGAUUGGCAGCCUGUUCUAAAAGUCUGUGCUCACAAACUUCUUCAAAAUGCAAGUGUAUGCCAUCAAAAUGAUGUCCAGUAAAUUUAAUUAGGCAGAGGUAAGCUUCAGUCUAGUUGUAGAAGUAGCUCAAGGACCACUGAUAAAAGUAAGACUCACUAGAGCUUGAUUCCAAGUGGCAUAACAAAAAAAGACAUAAUUAGGUAAUUAAUAAUUAGUUAAUAGUGGCCUCUUCUAACAGGAGGUGCUCUGAAAAAACACUGCUGACCUCCAGAUCAGCCAAGUGGUUGAAAUAUAUGUAAACAGUGGUUAUAUACAUGUUUAGUUGUGUUUGGUGCCUCAAAAUGGCCUGUGUUUCUGUGUUAAAGGGACCCUGAAAGGAUCAGCAGAGUCGUUUUCUCUGAGCAUUUUGCUACAAACACCAUGGCUCUUGUCAUGACUCAGUUUUACUCCCUGUGAAAAUACAGUUCAGGUUACCCUGAUGUAAACUGGGUAAUAGCUGAGCAGCUGUGAAUUCCAAAGCUGGAAAUUUUUCCCUCCAUCUGUCACUAACACUGUGCCCUUAACAGCUAAGGCUGCUGGUUUUCAUUCCCCCCAUAUGAUUUGAUUAGUUUUUUUUGUUCUUGUUGUUUUUUUUAAUUUGAUGUGACAGAGACCAAAAUAAAAACAUGGCAUUUAUCGUAGGAAUACUAAAUAUGCUGCAAAUCUGUUUGCUUUAGCAGUCAUUAAAUGUAAUGUCCGAUUUUCAAGCUGACAGUUAAAAUGCCAGGACAUUUGUUCAUGAAAUGUGAGAUGGACACAGAUCUGCUGUAAAUUCAGUGUGCACAGGUCCCCGGGGACACAUCAUUGCUGAUAUUUUACUUUAGAAGCUGUAAGUUAACCCUAAAUAUUCACAUUGCUACUGAUGUAAGCCACCACUUUAAAGGAAACACUGAAAAAAGAAGCAUAUGUAAUGUAUAAAUAUAGGACAAUGAUGAAAACUGCUAUGAGGCAUGUAAUAUAAUAUAACCCACAUUUGUUGAAGUGCUUGCAAUGACCAUGGUUGCUCAUCUGAUGCAUGUGCAUCAAGUUUCUCCUUAGACAUUAAUGAAGAAAGAAGAGUUACUUCUGUGUGCUUUUGUUAAAUCUUCCGUACUCCUGACAUGUUACCUGCUGGUCAAGACUGACUUAAGAUUAAAAAGCCUUUGUUUUUAUGUCUUGUUGGUUUUCUUCCAAUAAAUUUCUCUUUUUUUUAUUUGAUUUUAUGUGAUGAAUAAACACCCAUGUUUUGAGGA